AUGGAAACCGGUGAAACUCCAAACUCCAGUCUCUGUGCUGCUGAACCCAGUCCCGCGCGUAAAAGGAGGCACAUCGAAGCCUCCGAGGACUGCUCUGAAACCUGCUCCUACAAGCCGGCCAAAAUGGAAAUUGUGAAAAUUUUACGCAAUGAUACGCGGGGCAAAUGCAUUUGCCUGCAUGCUAAGUUUAUUGACUCUCCCAACCAGGAUGCUAUUGUUGUUCUUCAGAAGAGUCCUUUCCCUAACGAGGUGCAGGCCCUCUGUGAAGCCCAUCUGGGGCGUCCGUCUUCUGAGAACAGGAAGCCAAAAGAGGAGGGGAAGGAGGAGGAGGUGCAUAACGGAUCAGAAGAGAAUCUUGUUUUUCCCGAGUGGAAAGCCGAUCGGAUCAUGGAUAAUGACAUCUACCAUCGGCGCCUAGUAAAGUCUGGAUUAGAGGAUCUGAACUCACUCAGUAUGACUGUAAUCCACCCUGCGGAGGCGCAACACUUUGCCAAGUACUCGGCCUCCAGACGCCGGCUGGUUCUCGAAACCCCGCAGAUCUAUUCGGAUGUCAUUGUGCCCUUUUUGGCGGCUAGCCCUCGCGAUCUGGCCUGGGUAGACAACAUUCUGAAUGGCACAGCUGAAGUCGAUAGAGUGCUCUUCACUGAUCCGGAUGAAUCCCUGGGCUUCACCUUUGUCCUUGAUUACCGCUGGGAUGGACGCCAAUUACACGAACUACACUGUCUGGCGUUGGCUCGGUCAACCGGUCUCACAUGUCUGCGAGAUCUGCGAGCCUGUCACGUGCCAAUGCUGAAGAAGAUGUUGUCAGAAGGCCGCCAGGCUCUCGUCGCAAAAUAUGGUAGUGGCGGCGGCGGCAGCGGCAGCAGCAAUAUUACUGCUGACAAUAAGACAGCAGCGGGCAAGGCUUACCUUGCUGAGGAUGUUAUCGCCAAUCUGGAGCUAGACGGAGAGUUCUACGCCCGCCGGACCAUGCCCAUGUUUCUGCAUGAAAAUCAUGCCUUUCUGGCAGCAAUCCGAGAGUCGGCGUCAGCUGUAAAAACAGAGAUGGCAGCCGAGAUGAGUGAGAAAAACCCCUGA